AUGACAGGCCAUCUUAUCCGCCAAGUCCGCAGACGUAGCUACUCGGAUCCAAAUGAACGCAUCCCACCGGGUGUAGAAGAAGUGAUCUCGCGCGGCUCCUGCCAUGUCGGCAAACUCAACGACAGCAUGGUCCUGAAAUACGCCUCCGACUUCAAUGAUCCUGGCUAUCUAAUGAGCAUCAAAGUGGAGAACCGCAUCCUGCAAAUCAUAGGCCCGCACCCCCGGAUCAUCGAAUCCAAGGGCCUGGCCGAAGACGGUCUCAUCCUGAAGUACUAUCCCAACGGCACGCUCCGCGACUACAUCAAGAACCACCCGUACGAGACGCUCGAACGUCGCCUGGAAUGGUGCAAGCAGAUCACCGAAACCCUGUCAUUCGUGCACUCCAAGCGCGUCAUCCACUGCGAUAUCUGUCUGCACAACAUCCUCCUCGACGAGAACUUCGACAUUGUCCUCUCGGACUUCCAGGGUCUGGUCAUUUCGCGCGAGACUGGUAUGACCAUGCUCGAUGGAUUGACGCGCGAGUGCGCCAAGUCGUACAUGCCACGGGAGAAUCUCUAUUCUGCGAGCUUUCGGACUGAUCUCUUUGCCGUCGGAUCAGCCAUCUAUCAUCUUAUUGCUGGUCAUGAGGUUUUUCCCGAGUUGGAUAGCUUUGAUGAUGAGAAGAUCAUCAAUGCCCGUUUUGUCAAUGAGGAGUUUCCGAAUAAUGAUUAUGUGGCUAGUCAUAUCGUGGAGAGGUGCUGGCGAGGGGAAUAUGCCUGUGCUGCUGAGAUUUCGGCGGAUCUUUCUGAGGUUCAGGCUGCUACGAAGGCUGUUGAUGAGGCGUUGAGGCAGAUAGGUGAGGUGUUCGAAGAUGAGGAGCGCGUCGAAGAAGAGCGCGUUGAAGAGGAAGAUCAUGUUGAAGAGGAGCACGUCGAAGAGGGCGAAGAAUCUCAAGACGACGGGGAGGAGGACGGAGACUACGAAGAGGACGAAGAGUCUCAAGACGACGGGGAAGAGGACGGAGAGUACGAGGAUGAGGAUGAGGAUGAGGAUGAGGAUGAGGAUGAGGAUGAGGAUGAGGAUGAGGAUGAGGAUGAGGAUGAGGAGGUGUUGUAA